AUGACAAUAAAAUCCCAAAUAAUGAAACUGAUGAGCAAAUAUUCAAAAAAUAAACAUGUUUAUAUGAAGAAUUCGUACAAUGGAGUUCUUCGUCCAAAGUUGAAGAGAAUACAAGUUACAGACACAAAAAUGGAUUUAGACGAGUCUGUAGAAGUUUGGGAUGGGUUUUACAAGUCACAGUUGCUACGCGUGGUCAUGCAACUUCUGAAAGAUAUGGGAUAUCGGAAAACAUUUGAAGUGCUUCAGGAAGAAUCUAGCUGCUGCUACCAAAGUUCGGAGACGAACCAGCUCGAGAACUUCAUCCUUUCCGGAAAGCUCCACGAAGCUAAGUCGGUGUUAUGCAGACUAAAGUUGGACGAGAAUAUCUCUAACGCUUGCAAAUUCUUGGUAUCGCAACAGAUAUUUCUGGAAUCACUGUACCAUAAUAACCUGGAGGAGGCUCUGAAAGUACUACGAGAACACAUGGCACACGAGGCCUUUGACGACGACUCCAGAGAUAGAGUCCACCACUGCUCAGCAAUACUGCUGUGCCCGUCGAAGAAGGUGCUUGAAAGGGAGUUAAACUGGACGUUUGAGAACUCGCGGGAAAACCUGUGGGAGCACAUCCAGUGCCUGGUCUCGCCAACCCUGACAAUACCCCCGAACAGACUGAUGACGCUGCUGCGGCAGGCCGUGGAGCUGCAGGAGCUGCACUGCCUGAACCACUACGACAACGGAGGAGAGCGAGUGGUGUACCCGCUGCUUUACGACCACAAGUGCACGAGUUCGAAGCUGCCUGCGCGGCUGAUGGUGCGCCUGGAGAAGCACACGGACGAGAUUUGGGACGUCUCAGUGUCGCCGAACGGCGAGUUCUUCGCGACGGCGAGCAAGGACGAAAGCGUGAUCCUCUGGUCGGCGAAUCCGCCCUUCGAGCUGCUGCACCGCUGGAAGGUGCACCGCAACGUGGUCAGCUGCGUCUCCUGGAGCUCCGACAGCAAGCUGCUGGCCUCCUGUGGCAACGACGGCCUCAUCGUCAUCUGGAGCCCCUACUGCGAAGACUACCUGCAGAAGAUCGAGCCGCACACGGCGGUGGCGACCUCAAUCGGCUGGAUCCCGAACACGUGGAAGUUCAUCACGGCGGGCAUGGACAAGCAGAUGAUCCUGCACGAGGUGGUAUUCAACGCCGAGGCCGCCCUGAGUCCGCUGAGCUCUGACCUGGACCUGCUCAGCCCUCAGAACUCGGCGCCGGACGCGAGCUUCCUGGGCUCGGAGCUGUCGCCGGCGGCCGCGGAACUCCCGAAGAGCCAGCUGACGCUCCCGAAGGCCGAGCUGAACGGCACGUCGAAGCGGGAGGAGAAGGUGCGCCUCUCGAAGUACCGCGUCAACUCGAUCUGCAAGUGGAGCUUCGAGAGUCGAAUCCGCACGCUCGCGGUCAACAUGGACGGCACGCUCGCCGUCUUCGCGACGGUCGACCGGGUGCUGCGCGUCUGGAACCUCGCCACCGGCAGGGAGAGCGUGCCCAUCCCCGAGUCUGCGGCCAUCACGACCGUGACCUGCAGCAGGAUCUACAACCAGGUGCUCGUGAGCGUCGCCGGCCAGAGGCCCGUGAUGCGCCUGUGGGACAUCAACGAGCGCCGGAUAGUGCAGACUUACCGCGGCCACCGCGAGGACCGCUACGUCCUGAGGGCGACCCUGGGCGGCCCCAAGGAGUCCUUCGUGGUCUCCGGCAGCGAGGACGCGCAGAUAUACAUUUGGAACAAGAUUUUCGGCUCACUGCUCGCCGUGAUCCCCGCGCACUCUUCCACCGUGAACGCCGUCGCCUGGGCCCACGACCGCCUCUUCAGCGUUUCCGACGACCAGACGAUAGCGAUUUGGGAGCCGCACUCUGCGGAUCCGCAAGCGUCCGAUCACCAGCACUGA